AUGUGGCCUUCACCCCGGCUUGGGCGUGUCGUGCUUGGGGGGUUCCUGUUCCGGCAGUUUCCCCCCGUCCCUGGCGCAGAUGGUGGACUAGGGUUGGGUAACGCUCGAGUUGGACCCAGUGGAACGGGAAAGUUGGGGAUCGAUUUGCGGGAAGCAACGUUAGCGAACUCGACCGAACGCUUAUUUUGUGGAUUUGACGAUGCCGGGAAAUCGAAUGACGAACUACACUUCGCCUGGAACAGUGGGAGCAUCCGGACUGGCAACACUGUCCCUUUACAACAUGACAAUCAGGACCAAGUUCGCGGUGGCCCCGACUCUUCAGACACACAUAUGAUUGGCACGGCUCUCAUGCAUGAAACCCCAUUCUAUCACUCACAAACGGAAUGGACCCUUUUUAUUCGGGUUCUAUCAAACCCAUUAACGCAUUGGCGCAGUUAG